AUUCAUAGGACCAUGGUUGACCGAUUGGUAAAUAGCGAGGCUAAUGCCAGACGCAUUGUUAUGGUCGAAAAUUGCUUUGGCAGUUCUGGCCAGUCUCUCGCUGUACCUGGAAGAGUUUUAGUUGGAGAAGGUGUAUUAACAAAAAUGUGUAGGAAAAAGCCAAAACCAAGGCAGUUUUUUUUAUUUAAUGAUAUAUUGGUUUAUGGAAACAUUGUAAUGAACAAGAAAAAGUACAAUAAACAGCAUAUUAUACCUCUUGAAGAAGUUAAACUUGAGUCUUUGGCUGAUGAUGGUCAAUAUCGCAAUGGUUGGCUCAUAAAGACAGUAACAAAGUCAUUUGCUGUUUAUGCUGCCACUGCAACAGAGAAACAAGAGUGGAUGGCUCACAUUACAAAAUGUAUUGAAGAUUUAUUAAGAAAAAGUGGUAAAAUCAGUAAAUACUAUAGUUUCCAAAUACUUACGAUCUUAAUAAAACAUUUUCAGCAUCAUUGUAGACAAUGUGGGGCUGUUGUGUGUGGACCUUGCAGCAAUAAAAAAUUAUUAUUGCCUGGACAAGGAAAUGGAAAAGCAGUUAGAGUCUGUUUGCAAUGCUACGAUGCAGCCAGUAAAGUAAAAGCAUCUAUUCAUGAUGCCUCUACUUCUCCUACUAAUAACAGCUUAAAUAACUUAAAUGAACAGCUUAAGGAUCAACAACGUAAUUCUGCAGAUAGCUCAGGCGGUGAUAGUUCUGGUGAUGAUGAUGAUGGAAAUAAAGAAGAAAAUCAUGAUCAUGAGCCUAAAUUUUAUUCUACACUUGCCCGAUGAAGUUUACUAUGCUAUAUUAUAUUGAACAGCAAUACAAACAGGAA